AUGUGGAAAUCUGUAUCUUUGAUUUGUAAAUCCAUUUUUAAUAAAUUAAAAUUGCAACAUCAACAACAACAACAACUUCAUGAAAAAGAGGAUCACUUUUUAAAACAUCUGCAAUAUGAUGAAAAUGUUUUAUUUUCAAAAAAUAUAGAUGCAAAAUCAUUAUCUAAAAUGCAUUUACAAACUGAUAAUAAAGAAAAUUUUACCACUUCAAUUAUGAAUCCAUUAUGCAAUUUAUAA